UUUUUGUUGCAGGCUGGGAUAGUGGAGGAACCAGACAGAGAAGCUCUAACCCACGCAUGGAAGUCUUGGAUGGAAGAGUACAUAAAAGUCAGUGGAAAAGUUCCACCUGGCAAUGAAUCAGGAAAUGCCACUUGGGUCAGGCAGCCACCUAAAAGGAAGCCUGAUCUUCGAUUAACACCUGGUCGCCACAUGCAAUUAACUGUCCCUCUUGAGAACCUUAUUGACACCUUGGUUAAAGAAAACAAGGUAGUUGCAUUCAUUAAGGGCCCUAGAAGUGCACCUUUAUGUGGAUUCUCACAGAGGGUGAUAGCCAUUCUCGAAAGUGAAGCAGUAGAUUAUGAGAGUGUAAAUGUGCUGGAUGAAGAGUAUAACUACGGAUUGAGGGAAACACUUAAAAAGUAUAGCAACUGGCCCACAUUCCCUCAGAUUUUUGUAGAUGGUGAACUUGUUGGGGGUUGUGAUAUAUUGACCUCCAUGUAUGAGAAAGGAGAACUGGCUAGCUUGUUCAAAAAGUAAUUGCAAGUUACCUGCAUUUGGGCAUUCUUUUUGAACUGGGAGGAUAGGAGUGGGGAGUGAGAGAGUAUGGGAAGGGUUUGCGCAGGUCAUUUCAUGCUUUGUUGUAUUAAUUAAUAUUUUAUAUACAUUGAGAGGA